UCACCCUGACCUGUCAGGUGAUAUCAAAAUAAGUAGGAGUCUUGGGGAUCAGGACAAGUACGACGUAUUUAUUUACUUUAUUGUGAUAGUGAGUAUGCAUUUCACGCCACGAAUGAUUGAUUAGUGGAAAAUCGUCAUCGUCGCCGCCGGAGCGGAGCAUCAAUAAUUCAGCGCUAAGAACCAACUCUACCAGCCGCAAAAUGGUGCUGACCACUGCAGAGGAGCCGCAGGUGAAGGAGACUACAAGUACAAGUACUGAAGGUGGUGCCACCGAAGGGGAGGAAACCCGUGAUGAGCGGACAUUUGAGUGUAAUAUUUGUUUGGAUACUGCAAGAGAUGCUGUUGUCAGUUUGUGUGGGCAUUUAUUCUGUUGGCCUUGUUUACAUCAGUGGCUUGACACAAGACCAAACAAUCAAGUCUGCCCGGUAUGUAAAGCGGCAAUAAACAAAGAAAAAGUCAUCCCGCUCUACGGCCGUGGCAGUACAAACCAACAGGACCCCAGAGAGAAGUUCCCACCCCGACCACAAGGCCAGCGAACAGAACCUGAAGCUGGCACCCACUUUUCAAACUUUGGAUUCGGCGAUAGUGGAUUCCACCUUUCGUUUGGCAUUGGCGCAUUUCCAUUCGGUUUCUUCACAUCGACGUUCAACAUGGGUGAUACACGGCCCAGUGCCGCCGCUCGUGGUACCUCGCAGCAUCUGGAAGAACAGUUUUUGUCGAAAGUAUUCCUAUGGCUGGCGGUGAUUUGUGUCAUUUGGCUGCUGUUGGCGUAAUCGACACCGAUGAUAUCAUGAAAUUUAAUGUGGAGACAGCAACGCAGCCCCCUCAGCACGACACCAAUCUAACAUAUGUACUGAUGCAGUCCAUUCCGCGACAUUCGGUGGAUGUUUAAAUUAAAGGCUUAAAUUCUAAGAUGGGAUUCAUUUCUGUGUGUAGGGAAACAUACUGUUGACUUUAUAAUAUUGUUCAAUCUGAUGUAAUAUUUUAGAAGUUAAGAUAUUUUAGGCAUUUCAUUGUUUUGUUUUCCUAUUAUUUUUCUUCUGUGCUUUUACUUAGUAAUCUAGAGCUCUAUUUCCUGUUUCGCAGUUAUUUUCUUUAGGUAUUAGUGAUUAUGUUUGUAAAUAUGAAUUACUGGCUGGACAUUGUAAUUAUAUAACAGAAUAAGUGAAUAUAAACGUAGUGCAAUCGA